AUGGAUAAGAUGCGACUUCAUGAGAAAGUGGGACAUCUUGGAGAUUUUCAGCACGAUGAGUGGAAUCCAGUGGUCCGUCAUAUUGGUCAGAGAUUGGAUAGUCAAGAUGAGAUGCACGAUGAGUGGAAUCCAGUGGUCCGUCAUAUUGGUCAGAGAUUGGAUAGUCAAGAUGAGAUGCACGAUGAGUGGAAUCCAAUGGUCCGUCAUAUUGGUCAGAGAUUGGAUAGUCAGAGUGAGCAUGGUGACUUCUUGAACAAUCCGGUGAUCUUGGACUUCAAUGAUUGUUCGUCCUUCUUCUCUGAUUCCUCAAUCACGACUGGAACAACAUGUUCUGGAAGCUUCUCGUAG